AUGCAGACAAUCCACGAAUCCGCCGCCUCCCGCAGAGACCACGUCACCCGCCAGUGCGCCAACGCCCAGAGUCUCAUCGAAAGCCUCAGAAGGGGGUACGACGUGGCCUCCUUCAGGAGCACAAUGAUCCGCUGCAGACUCGCGCGCAGCGGGUACGACCUGCAGGCUGGCACUCCCCGCGAAGGUGUCACCAUGACGGUCGAGAUGCGGCGCGAGAUGGGCCGCCUGGAGGAACAAUUGGGUGUUAUGUGCCUGUGCCGCACGAGGAUGGAGGAGAUGGAUAGUAAGCGCAAGGAUCUGCUGUGGAACACGAUGCGGUUGGAGGACUUUGAGAGGGUUGAGGCAGAGGCGGAGGCGAAGGCGAAGGCGAAGGCAGAGGCGGAGGAGAUUGGAACGGGGAAGCUGAAGGGGGAGAAGGACGUGGAGGGGGAGGAUAAAGAUGUGGAGGAGCAGAAUAAAGACAGUAAACACUAG